AUGUACCCGACGGAUAAUAAGCAUGGACCGUUGAAGUUGAACCCUUUCGCUGCACAAAAGAGUUUGGACCACAACAUUAUGUUGAAAACGAUACAAAGUUUAUGUUACAAUAAAACUAGCGCGAACCCUUUCAAUAUGACUUCACCUUUCUUAGUUGACAACAUUUUGCAUCAGCAGAAAACUGUCAAUUUCCACAAUCAGUAUUUGAAUCAGCAGAUCGAAAAUUAUAUGUUGCAAAGACAGCAUUACGAACGUUCCAGAGAGAACACCCCUGAGGUUGACGAACAUAAGAUGGCGGAAGUGGAAGACGAGAUUCGCAACGACGAAUCGAUCGAAGACUCAAAAAUCGAAGACGAGGACUCAAAAAGUAGAGACGACGAAGAAAGUUAUAACGUUAAAAGCGAACAGGCAUAUUACAAUGAGUUUUAUCAGAGGAACGAAGAGAGGAGUGACAAAGAGGUAUUGAAUAUUCCAAAUUUGAGUCGUAGAUGCCAAAGUUGUGGGUCAAACGAGUGUCCACCGUUUGCUUGCAAGAAAUCCGGUAUAAGGAGACUAGAGGAGCUAGAGAAACGGUUUAAUUUAAAUUACCAAGACAAUUCUGGUGAUGAGGGGGACAGGGAAAGAUAUAGCACUGAUGAAAUAGUCAGGAGUUGUGAGGAGUUCAGCAAUGAACCUAAGAAACCGACACUGAAAUUCAGUGUAAGUGCUAUUUUAGGCGACCGGGAGGAAACUGUGAAGACUAGUAACGUUAACGGUGAGUUAAAACCUUUGAUACCGAGUAAAACCAUGGCAUCGUUACUUUAG